AAACAACUGUAGCAAAUUUUUUUUUACAAUCGGAGACGAACCAGAAGAGAGAAAUUCGAAAUCAUCAGCCGAUUGUUUCUAUCUCCUUCUCUCCUGUAGUGAUUUUAUCUCCGAUAAAGCGGUUCGGAUUAUCAGUCGGAAAUUUCCCAAAAUUUAUCUCUUCGAGAACUCCCUUCAAUCACUCAAUCAAUCAAUAAAUCAACUCGGUUGAGUGGAUUACAUAUUCGAAUCGGUUUUUAGGGUUUUCAAUUGUGGAGCUCUCAAGAUGAGGAAGAAACUAGACACUCGUUUUCCAGCGGCACGGAUUAAGAAGAUUAUGCAAGCGGACGAGGAUGUUGGGAAGAUUGCCAUGGCUGUUCCUCUUCUAGUUUCUAAAGCUUUGGAACUGUUUCUGCAAGAUUUAUGUGAUCGUGCAUAUGAUGUAACUCUUAAAAGGGGAGCAAAGACAUUGAAUUCCCUGCAUCUAAAACAAUGUGUACAGACCUUUAAUGUCUUUGAUUUUCUGAGGGAAAUUGUUAGUAAAGUUCCAGAUUUAGGUGGUUCUGAUGCAGCUGGUGAGGAUCGUUCUGUUGCCAAAAGAAGAAAAGUUGCUGAUGAUGAAGACAAUGAGAGUGAUGACGAGUCCAAGAGGAGCAGGAUGCAUGAGUCAGGCCAGUCCCCUAGCAGUGGCAGAGGAAGGGGUAGGGGCAGAGGUAGAGGUCGUGGGAGAGGUAGCCGAACACACGAGCGAGAAGUUCCUAUACAUCAUGAGAAGACUGAAGAUGAGUCAGAUGCAUAUCAUUCCAAAGACGAACAUAAUGAAUGCCUUGAAAUGGUUAUUCAUGGAGAAGAACCUGAACUCAUGAAAGAGAAUAAUCCAUCUAAGAUGGCAGCCACACCUGUGCAUAACUUUGACCUGAAUGUGGACUUGAACGAGGACUUGAAUGAGGAAUUGAAUGAGGAUGGGGUUUCAACAGCUUUAGUUGAUGCCGCUCCUAGUUCAUCAGUGGAACCCUCCUCUGAAAUGAGGCAUGAGGAAUAUCCUGGCUGGUCUCCCACCGACUUAGAAAAAAUGGAUCUCGAUCCCAAUAAACUUGCCGGCUUAAGUAGGAGGAUAGAUGAGGACCAGGAAGAUUACGAUGAAGAAAGCUGAAGUAAUUAUGCUUUUGCUAGUUUUUUCUGCUGGCAUACAUUCUGUAGGUUUUUAUAGUUCUCAUAUGAGAUUGAAACAGAUAGGAACUAGGCAGGUAGUCUUGCGACAGAUCGUUUAAAGCUUCUGUGGAGUUUAGAGGGAGGAAAUGAAGCACCUUAACAUAGGAUAUGGAGAUGGUAGACUCUUCUUUUUGGUUUCUUAUGAAGUUUGUAAUAUAUUUUGUGUAGGCUCAGCUAAUUAUAGGUUGAAACAUGUGGGAUUGCAGCGACUCCGGUGACUUGAAGGUUUAAUAUUUUGCUUCUCUGGCCAUGUUUAAGGCCCUGAGGCAAUGUUAUGUGGUGAAACAGCUGAUGCAAUGUAACCUAUAACAGAAAAAUUGAGGGGAUGUCUCAUCUAAUGAACAAGCUUUGCUGGGAGAGAUUCGGUUGAGCUA